AUUCAGCAUUGUCAGAUUUCAGUCGUCUUUCAAAGAAAUUGCAAGUGCAUUUUUCCGAAAGAAAAGAAUUCAAACGGUAUAUGUUCAAAUUAAAAGAAAACUGCGAGUUUACAAGACAGAAACAAGUACACCACAAUUAAAUAAAGCAAUAUUGAUAAAAUCAACAAAAGAAAAAGCUCGCUGACAGAAAACCAACGAUAUGAGUUCCGUUUUUGAAGAAUACUUGGAAGAGAUAGCUGACGAUCUGUACGCUCCUGGAGAUCAUGACGAUUAUUAUAAAGUCCUAGACUCAGUAAAAGCCAUCGUAAAGAGUAAUAGUCUGCUGAACUCUAUAUGCCACCCGGAAUUCUUAACCUUUGGAAGCGCCGCCCAUGGUAUCCGCAUGUUCGACAACGAUGAGUACGACGUGAUGAUCGAGUUGGAGUUCCCCAACUACCACCAAAUCCUUGUCCGGCCGGAUCAACAUCGUCCAGGAAUGGUGCAUUUAUGCUUCGACCAACUAGAAUCCCACAGUUUCGUGGAGGACACGCUGUUGGACCAUCGCUGGUAUCUGAAGAACGAGGAAAUUCGCAAUUUGAUGGAUAGCAUCCUUAGAGAUAUCCAAGAUCGCGUGGUAUGGGGCACAAAACCAAAUGACUUAUACCGCCUAUAUUACGAAUAUCGCCAGAAUUGCCACACCAUAACUGCAACAUCAGCGGAUCGUGAGAUCUUCAUUGAUUUUGUGCCGGCAAUUAAGGUUCGAUUUGAGGGAGUCGACCUUCAGGUGGUCCCUAAGUCAGUUCCAGGACCGAAGCGCUCAAGAAAAUGCACCUUCAUAGUAAGCAACAUUAGAGAGGAACUUAGUAUGCUCAGCGGGGGUGGCAGGGUGAUGCAAGAUGCCGUAAUACUGCUGAAAGCGCUAUGUGAAUCUAAAGGUCUGCCCAAGAUUCACUUCUACCACCUGGUGUCCUUGGCAUUGUGGUGGUUAAAUGAUAAUGAAGAUAGCGACGAAUUUUCGUUAGAGGACUUAUUUAUCGAUCUGUUGUAUGAGCUGUGCCAGGCCCUCAAGGAUAACUCUCUAUCCUACUACUUCUAUGAUGAGUUAGAUCUUCUAUCUAAUUUUGAACCACAGCAGCUUGCUAGAUACACUAAAGUUCUGGACGAGGCUUACAUGACGCUAAAGACUUAUCCAGAUCAGGAUAGACUUUCCUAUGGGCGCUGCAACUGGCACUUUUUUUGGUGAUGAAUAAGAUAUAUUUAUAUCUUAAUAUAUAUAUAUUAAUAAUAUAAUAUAUAAUUUGUAUUAAAAAGCAAUAAAGUAAGCAUUUUGAUACAACUAUUAUGGGUUACAAAAUUACCACAAUACUACGUUUUAU